UAUCAACAUCUGCUGCCGGAACAGGUUGAGAUCCUUGAACGGCAGAUAUCUUACACAGAGGUCAAGACAUCUGUCCUGAUGAUAUAUGGCUACGCGUCGCGUAAGGACAUCAUCAUAAUCGCAAUCUCGGCGUUUUGCGCAAUUGCAGCAGGCGCUGCCUUGCCCUUGAUGACAGUCAUCUUUGGAAACCUCCAAAACGUCUUUCAGAACUUCCUUUAUGGUGACGGCACUGAGACAUACGAUCAAUUCGUCCAGAAGCUGAGCGGUUUUGUGCUCUACUACGUGUACUUGUCAAUCGGAGAGUUUGUGGUCACCUAUUUCUGCACUAUUGGCUUCAUGUACACCGGCGAGCACAUCACUGCCAAAAUUCGCACGCGGUACUUUGAAAGCUGUAUGAGUCAGAACAUUGGAUUUUUUGACAAAAUCAGUGCUGGCGAGGUCACAACCCAUAUCACCUCGGACACCAAUCUAAUCCAGGACGGGAUCUCGCAAAAACUAGCCCUGUCUCUCACGGCUCUUGCGACCUUCGUGGCAGCCUUUGUCAUCGGCUUCGUCACCUACUGGAAGCUAGCUUUGAUUCUGUGUUGUACUGUGGUCGCACUGACAUUGAACGUGCGGCUGGGAACAAGAAGAAUUAUCAAGUAUAGCAGAGUCUCCCUCGCAUCGUAUGCUGAGGGUGGUAGUCUGGCGAGUGAGGUAAUAAGCUCUAUCCGGAACACGAUCGCAUUCGGCACACAGGAUCGCAUGGCUAGAAAGUACGACAAGCACCUCCAGAAGGCAGAGCAUCACGGCCUCAGGGUAAAAUGGGCAUCAGCUUUGAUGAUUGCUACCAUGUGGCUCAUUUUCUUCCUGAGUUACUCUCUAGCAUUUUGGCAAGGAAGUCGUUUCCUCGUGAAUGACGAAAUCCCAAUAUCCAAGCUUCUUAUCAUUACCAUGUCCGUCAUGAUGGGCUCUUCGUCAUUCGGUGGCAUUAUGCCUAAUAUCCAAGCUCUAAUGACGGCCGUCGCAGCUUCUACAAAGAUCUUUAGCACUAUCGCUCGUGUCUCUCCCAUUGACCCAACCAGCGAGGAUGGAGAGAAGCUGGACCACGUCAAUGGCCACAUACGACUGGAAAAUGUUCAACAUAUAUAUCCGUCCCGUCCUAAAGUCGUUGUCCUACACGAAACGAGCCUCGACAUUCCCGCUGGCAAGACCACAGCCCUCGUUGGCGGAUCAGGCUCCGGCAAGAGCACCAUUGUUGGCCUUAUCGAACGCUUUUACGAGCCAGUGAAAGGUAAAAUUUAUCUCGACGGUCAUGAUAUUAGCAGGCUCAAUCUUAAAUGGCUCCGACAGCAGAUCUCUUUAGUCAGCCAGGAACCAACACUAUUUGGUACCACUGUUUACCAUAACAUCCGUUAUGGCUUGGUGGGCACAUCCUUUGAAGACAAGAGUGAAGAGAAGCAGAGAGAUGUCGUUGUUGAAGCCGCCAAGAAGGCUAACGCUCACGAUUUUAUAACUGCUUUGCCAAAGGGCUAUGAUACGGACGUUGGUGAAGGAGGAUUCCUGCUAUCUGGCGGUCAGAAACAGCGCAUUGCCAUCGCUCGCGCUAUCGUCUGCGACCCAAAGAUUCUUCUCCUCGACGAAGCUACCUCCGCGCUUGACACGAAAUCGGAACGUAUCGUACAAGCAGCACUAGAAGUCGCCUCUGCCGGUCGUACAACCAUUUCCAUUGCCCAUCGCCUGUCUACCAUCAAAGAUGCACACAAUAUCAUAGUCAUGUCUCAUGGUCGCAUCAUCGAGCAAGGAACGCACGAUGGCCUGUUGGGGGACAAGGAAGGGGCCUAUUUCAAAUUGGUGACAGCACAGGAAAUCGCCACAACCGAGGCAAUGACCGCAGAAAUAGAGGCAGAACGCUCCGAGCAGGAGCUAGCCUUGCCCCUGGCAGAGAAACAAUCAGCCACUCAAAUGUAUUCUGACGCCUCGAAGCCAACUAAAGAUGACCAACGAUACGGGGUUUGGACCUUGAUAUCGUUUGUGGCGGCAUUGAACAAGCCAGAGUGGAAGCUGAUGGUAGCUGGUUUCAUCUUCUCGGCCAUUUGCGGGGCCGGGACACCCGUUAGCGCAAUUUUUUAUGCCAAGCAAGUCUCUAUCUUAUCACAUCCUGUCACCGACGCCAAUCGACUGCAAAUUAAGAAAGACUCGGACUUUUGGAGCUUGAUGUAUUUGGUUCUCGCAUUUGUCCAGUGCAUCUCCUUUGGCCUACAGGGCGUUGCAUUUGCUGUAUGCUCCGAACGUCUGGUCCAGCGUGUGCGCGACCAAGCCUUUCGAGCCAUACUUCGUCAGGAUGCUAGUUUCUUCGAUAGAUAUGAGAACACGGCAGGAUCACUGGUUUCACUCUUAUCUACCGAGACUACCCGCAUCGCUGGUAUGAGCGGCGUCACUUUAGGGACUAUUCUCAUGAUGAUGACUACUCUUCUCUUCGCCAUCAUCAUGUCUCUCGUUAUCGGGUGGAAGUUGGCACUAGUUUGCAUGUCUACCAUUCCGGUUCUCCUUGGCUGUGGAUUCCUCCGCAUAUGGAUGUUAGCUCACUUCCAACAGCGUUCCCGGGCGGCCUACACGGCAUCUGCAACAUUUGCAUCCGAAACGAUCUCAUCAAUCCGCACAGUCGCCUCCCUCACCCGUGAGCAAGGUGCUCUGAAGCAAUACCGAGAGUCUUUGGCUCAGCAACGGCGCCGAGGUCUAUCAUCCAUCCUCACGUCUAGCGCACUUUAUGCUGCGGCCACAUCUUUCUCUUUCUUGUGCUCCGGUCUCGGCUUUUGGUAUGGCGGAACGCUGAUAGGAAAAGGAGAAUACGAUAUGUAUACAUUCUUCCUCUGCUUUAUGGCAGUCAUCGUCGGAGGUCAAGCGGCUGGUGGCACGUUUUCUUUCGCUCCAGACAUGAGUAAGGCCCACCAUGCGGCUCAAGAGCUGAAGGCACUCUUUGACCGCCAGCCAAUUAUUGAUCCCACUUCCGACGAAGGGGAACCACUAUCAGAAGUUUCCGGUGCUAUCGAACUACGCGACGUCCACUUUCGCUAUCCGACACGUCUAGAACAACCAGUACUACGCGGAGUGAACCUUAUCGCACGGCCCGGCCAGUAUAUCGCUCUUGUCGGUGCCUCGGGCUGUGGAAAGAGCACGGUAAUCUCUUUGAUAGAGCGAUUAUAUGACCCGCUGGCAGGUGGUGUUUAUAUUGACGACAAAGAAAUAAGUACUCUUAAUAUCAAAGACUAUCGAUCUUUUAUCGCUCUCGUCAGCCAAGAGCCCACUCUCUACCAAGGCAACAUCCGGGACAACGUCGCUCUUGGUAGUAGUAAUGAAGCACUGUUGGACGAAACAAUUGAGUCGGCCUGCCGAGAGGCAAAUAUCUAUGACUUUAUCAUGUCUCUUCCUGACGGUUUCAAUACCGUGGUCGGCAGCAAGGGAGUCUUACUAUCUGGCGGACAGAAGCAGCGCAUUGCCAUUGCUCGAGCUUUGGUCCGCAAUCCUAGAAUUCUACUUCUAGACGAGGCAACAUCAGCACUAGAUUCAGAGUCAGAAUAUAUGGUACAGGCAGCACUGGACAAGGCUGCUGAAGGGCGGACUACAAUUGCGGUAGCACACCGUCUCAGCACCAUUCAGAAGGCAGAUCUAAUCUGUGUUCUCGAGCAAGGACGAAUUCUAGAAACGGGGAGCCAUGUCGACCUGAUGGCAAAGAAUGGUCGCUACGCUGAGCUCGUCAAUCAACAGAGCCUAUCCUGAUAGUAGGGAAACCCCCGAAUAAGCUGAGUCUACCAGCUUGAUUUCUCUCAUGUCCCGCGAGGAAGUACAUAGCGACAAUCUUUGAAAUAUCUUUAUAAGGCUUUGUACGAUUGUUCGGAUCUUAGACGUUCUAAUAUUCGCGGUCCUUAUUUCUCAGGUUUAUAACUAUAUUAAAAUUAUGAAAUAAGAAAAAUUAAAUCUCGUUAA